AUGACUUAUCAGCAACCUCUUCCAUGUAACAUUGCUGUAAGCGACCGCUACCCGCCUAUUCCCACAGUGCGACUAUUGUACCCUCCCCUCCCCACGCCACCUCCGCGGCGCUAUCGACUCAUUCUCCAUCAUUCUGCUCCCCCCAAAAGCAACCUAUUGCCCCCGUUGACCCGUGCUGGCCGCAACACUAGCAUACACCUAUACACACUACUUGUAUACAGUCUACACCGAUGCACCACCUACUCCUUCACAAACGUCGCUCUCAUCUGUGCCGUGUCGUACGACUUGCACAUAUAUUUGCACCAAUCCACGUGGUCGUCGAGUAGACCACAGCCCUACCUGCCGCCUUCUGCUGCUUUCUACCGCUCUGGUGACGUACAAGCCUCCAUCGAGCCGUCUGGACUCUGGCCCCGGCCAUUCCCCUCGCCUGGAAAGCCCAUCCGCCUCCAAUCCCCUUGA